GCCAGUGGAAGGAGCACUUGAAAAUUCAAAACAACCGCCAUACGCCAACUUCACAUCGUUCAGUGUUUUUAGAUAGAAACUGUCAACGCAAAAUUGAAGAAAAGAUCAUUGUUCCCUUCUAACUUCGCGUUAUUCAACAACAGCCUGAAAACAUGGCGAAAUGUUUCCUGUGAGGCAAAAUGUGUUCAACUUUUGUAGGCUCGUGAAAUAAUUUCGUUAAACAGUUGUGAUAAGUGUCUUAUGAAGAAUGACAUCUUUACAAUAUGUUGUACAUCCUUUACCAGGGACAGAGGAGCAGUUCAAUGAUAGAUUAAAAGAAGUAGCAGAUCGAAUCAAUCGUUUGGCCUUCAAUACCCAUCCUGGCUUAUCAAAUCUCCGUACGAGCGUAAAGAGAAUAUGUCUUGCAUCUACAUACAUCGCCUUACUAUUAGAGGAUGGUCGAGUUUGUCGUGUUUCCUAUAAUGUUUUGCCCGAUAGGUUAGAUUUGAGUAAAAAUGACGCCACCAAAAAGUCUUGGAUGGUGCGCAGCUCGGGCGGAGGAGCCGCUGGAGGCUCGGGUUCCGGCAGCGGUGCCGGGGGCGGAGGCAGCAGUAAACCCACCGGCGGCAGACAGAUCACCAGAACCAGGGCGCGGAUCAUGCGAUCUAAUACGGCGAUCCGUGGCGGCAGCAACAGCGGCAGCAGAGGUGCGCCUGUAAUAAUCGGCACAACUGGCACGUCGAGCAGCGGCAGGAACUUGGUUACGGUACCUGCACCUUAUGUGCCAGAAGAGCUGGUUACACAAGCCCAAGUGGUUUUGCAAGGGAAGAGUAGAAAUUUGAUUAUCCGAGAAUUACAGAGAACCAAUCUAGACGUUAAUUUGGCGGUGAACAAUUUGUUGUCACGCGACGAUGAGGAAGGAGAGGAAGGUGACGAUGCUGCGGACUCCUACGUUCCGGAGGAUCUUAUCUCCCUGCUGGACGGUGGUUUCCACACCGACCACUCCGUUAUUAUUGAUGCAGACGCAAUGUUCUCCGAAGACAUGUUCGGCUACAGCGGUAUUAGAAACUUCCUUAACAGCCGCGGCGGUAGUGGACGUAGCCGUUUGCCCGACAGGGAUGCACCGACCGGAGGCAACUCGGGAGCGGACCGUGAACGUGAGAACUUCUCACGUUGGCGUGACCGACAGUACUUUGGACCCAGACGUUGGUUGGAAACAGCUCUCAGGGACAGUCCCUACGAAAAAGAUUCUGAACACAAGAAGAAAGACAGUGCAUGUCCGAUAUGGAUAUCCGACGAUUUGGAGUUUUGGCCGGAGCCUGCUCCUAAAUUCGUGCAAAUAGCUACGUUAUACAGCGAACUGAUUGCCUUGUCAGCUACUGGUCAGUUGUAUCAAUGGAGAUGGAACGAUCACGAGCCGUAUAAACAUCCAGAAAACCCUAAUAUUCAUCACCCAAAAACUGUACCGUUAAAUUUGACAAGCGAAAAGGUUGUCCAUCUGUCUGCAUGUUCCACACGUUGUUCCGUCUCGACCGAGUCCGGAAAGGUGGCGACAUGGCUGGACGAACUGUUGGCUCCGGCCUCCACUAAACUAGAGCACGCAGCCCAAGCCUACACCGAGUUCCAGACCGAUAAAAUUGUGGCACUACACACAUGUCCACUUUACACGGUAGCCCGACUGGACAGCGGCAGUCUGUACUGGUGGGGUGUACUGCCGUUUGCACAGCGCAAGCGUCUGUGGGAGAAGUACCGUACGAAAUGUCGUAAGCAACGACCGUCCAACAACCAGAGUGAGAUCACGACGGGUUCACAGGUCUGCAUGAAGAACAGUCCGAUGUAUCAGCCGGGUGCUAUUGCCUUUACGGUGGCGGCUGGAGUGCCCAAAGUGGGGCAGCUUCAAAAUGCCGCUUGGGCAUUGAGUGACACGUGCACAUUUAAGAUUAUCAACGUGCAAAGUUCCGGGCCCACCAAUGGUGAUAAAGGCAGAGGUGACACCAACUGUCCCGGUACCAGCGGACUCACGAAUUUGUCAAGCAAAAAUACAUCUAUAAAAGAAAACAACGAUAGAUUGGAUAUGCCUCCACCACCAUCACCAGCCUCCAGCACGUGCAGUGAUACCGGAAGCAUUUCCAACAGUCACAAGCGCCAAAAACGCUUGGUGGCCACCGGAUCAGAAGCCAGCGGAGAUCAGCGCAAAGACGAGGAAGAAUGGUUGCUGAGAGACGUGAUUUUCGUCGAAGACGUCCGAAGCGUACCCACCGGCCGGGUUUUGAAGAUCGACGGCGCCUACGCCGCUGUACGUUUCCCGUCCACUCACGCCAAAGAACGCGAGUCCAAAGACGUCGACGAGAUGAUCUUGCAAGACUGCCGUUUAAUGCGCAAAGACGAAUUGCAAGUCAUCAAAUCAUCGUCCAAUUCUCGAGUGCCCGAUUGCUUCCAGAGAACUCCUCGUCGCAUCCAGAUCUCCGAGAGCGGCGGACAGAUCCUUACCAUCGCGGUCGACGGGCAGGGCAUCCACGCCGUCGUGCGCAACGGUUCCAAACUUAGCUACGUGAUUUACAACAUCAGCAGCGGACGCGUCGAACAGGACAACGCUUUUCCGAGUGACACGGCUGCGUUUAUGGGACUCUAUCCGUCGUUGAUCAAUCUGGUUUGUGCCGGAGAGAGCUCGGAGUCCGUGUUGAUUUUAAGAGACGGCAACAACACUAUUUAUCCGCUUGCUAAGGAUUGCGCCGACGCGAUUAGGGAUCCGCAGUUCUUAGAUUUGCCUCCGGUUAAGUGUUUGACCGCUGGUACCUUGGCGUUAUCCGGGACGGGAGUGAAUAUGAAAAAUCAAGUUGCAAUUGUUGUUUUUGCGCUUGAGCAGCAGUUACUGAUGCCCAAGAUAUUGCGAUGCGAUAUUGAUGGCGUCAGACAAGUUUUGGCACAACUGGAUAGUGAGAUUAAAUCAAAUAGUGCAAAUUUACCUUCAUUCCUGUCGGAAAGAUGUGACGGCAACAGAAACAUUUUCCAUGCUGUUGUCAACAUGUGCACUCCCACAUCCAACAAAGAUUCGGACAACGAACAACCCAAUUUCGUUCAAGAAGAGCCAUUGACAAAUCACAAUUGGGCUCCAGAAGCUUUUGACGUGACAUCCGGAGACGAAGACAGUUUAAUGGGCCUCGGCAGCAGCGCAGCCAACAACAAAGGCGGCAGCAACAGCAACAACGCCCCCAGCAACCUCAUCGUUGAUCCAGUUGAAAGACGCACCAAUGCGAUGCAAAUCCUUCGUGCCUUGUUAUGCGAUUCGUCCGCUUUAGAGGCUCAUCUCAUCGAGUUGUUGAGUGCAAAGGAUGCCCAAGGCCAGACUCCGUUCAUGUUAGCCGUGUCGUCCCGCAGUUACCCAGCGGCUCUUGAAAUAUUUGAACGCAUCAAUAAGCUGGGCACAGCCCAAGAGAAGGAGGACAUGAUCUUCCCCAAAGGUUCGAACCCCGAUCACUCACCGUUGCACGUUCUUUGCUGCAACGACACGUGCAGUUUCACGUGGACAGGUGCGGAACACAUCAAUCAGGACAUUUUCGAGUGUCGCACAUGCGGCUUGACCGGCACGCUGUGCUGUUGCACCGAGUGCGCACGCGUUUGUCACAAAGGACACGACUGCAAACUGAAAAAGACCUCGCCCACAGCUUACUGCGACUGCUGGGAGAAGUGCAAGUGCAAGGCGCUUAUCAUGGGCAAUCAGACUGCACGUUCGGACUUGUUGACUAAGUUGGUCAAGGAAACUAACUUGGUGUGUCUACCCAACUCCCGCGGCGAAAGUAUUUUACUGUUUUUGGUGCAAACUGUCGGAAGACAGAACCAAGAGCAGAGACAGUUCAGGAAUUCCAGGCCGAGGACGGCUUCGGCUAAUUCGAGGAACAAGACUCCUUCCUCAGAUAUUGAAUCAGACAUGCCAGAACACGACCUGGAGCCACCCCGCUUCAGUCGCAGAGCCUUGGAAUGUUUGUUGGGUGACUGGAAUGCGGUUCGUAGCAUGAUAAUGUCCGGUACACGCGACACAAACGACACCCAAUACGCCGACCAACCUUACGUCGCCGGCCAGACCGGAACCACACUUCUAGACAAAUUCACGCAUUGCUUCCUGGUGAAGUGUCAGAUGGUAAUGGACGUUCUCCUCGAUACACUCAUUAAGGAGAUGAAGAAUCCCGACCCCAAGCAAAGCGAAUUCGCCAAGUUCGUGGCUAGGAGGUUCGUCCGUUCUGUCGUCAGGAUCUUCGUCAUAUUCAGCAUAGAAAUGGUGCCCAACUCGAUGAAACGCAGAACGCUCAACAACCAGAAUCAACCGUUGACCAAGUGCAAGCGUAUCUUCCAGGCCUUGUCGAAGCUCUCGAUUGAGGAAUUGUGCGAGACUGCUGAUUCGCUAAUUGCGCCAGUUAGGUUGGGUGUUGCGAGACCCACUGCUCCGUUCUCUCUUGCUACGAACGCCACUGAUAUCUUAAAUGGUUCCGAAGAGUUGUUCCUCGUCGAUCCGCUAGCCCCUUCGGGUGGCUCACGUUCAGCCACUAGCUCCGCUUCCAACGACACUUUCCCGUACUUGGCCGACACCGUACGUAGAGUGGCCAGCACCAGGGACUUGAUCAACGACGUCAACGACGGCGAAAGCAUGGCCAUCGACAACGACGACGACGCUACGUCUGAACACGAAGACGUGCCCGGCGAUCCGGAGAUGCGCAUCGCUGUCGGCAUGUCGUCCAUGAACAACGAGUCGGAGCCGCAGGAGGCGCCCGCCGACCAACAGGAGGGCGGUAGGAACGCACAGGGCGGCGAGGACAGUGAUCCGGAGCUGGAUCUGCUGGCCGAAACCGAAUCGGACAGCGACGACAACCACAGCAAUCAGGAUGCGGCCUCGGCGCAGCGGUCGGUGCAGACUGGAGCCACUGCCGGAUCCGAUACCGGAGGUAUGCUGCUGUUCCCGGAAGACGAGAGCGGCGAUUCUAGCCAGCAGGAGGAGGAAGAGAGCGAGGCGGGAGAAACUGAUGAACAAGACACGGAGGACUACACCUUAAAUGACGGCGAACUUGAAAGACGAAGAAGCCGUUACAGCAAUGCCACCGGACACGGCGGGCAGCGCAGCAAUCUGGCACCGCAGAACAUGCAGUGGGCGAUCCGAUCGAGGGAAGCAAGUAGAUCGACCGGCGUACGACUGGCCAACGGCUCCAACUUGGUGUUCAUCGAUCCCAGCACCCUGCGUCGAUCCACCGCCGGCAGUACCACCGUCACAGCUAGCUCCGAACCCAUCACCAUGGCCACCACUGCCAGUUGUCUGGCAAGAGCUUUUGGUAUCGUCAUACGACAAAUCGCCGACUUACUUAGUGCAAUGCCAGAACUGAACCAGAUGCUUGCGCCUUUCGCCCACAUGGAGGUGACACAGGACGAUAUAUACAACGUACAGAUAUACCUCGAGUUCCGUCUGAAACCAACAUGGGACUGGCUUUUGACCGUGAUGGAUGCAACAGAAGCCCAAUUGAAGUUUGGUGCGUCUUUAACAAAUUCUUUGGAUCUUACAAGUCCUGGUCAUCCACUAAACGCUGGUAUAAACGCUGGAGGUGGGCAACGCACUGUGCCUGCAGCUACAUUGGCUUCAUUAGUUGGUUCUGGAUCUGCAAGUAACACAAGAGGUCAUAGAGCACAUGCUGUUACAGGCACCGGCAGUGGUUCAACUGGGCGAAUUGUCGGGUUCUCCACAAAUGCCGAAGGCAAUCGUUCAAGGCCGGAGCGAGAAAGUGGAGACGCCCAUGCGGCGAGAAGGGAGUUCCUCAGUUACUGUCUAUCCUUAAUGCGUGCCCAUAAUAACGAACAUUUGGAUUCAUUGCCAAUCCUGGACGUAUCAGCACUGAAACACGUGGCCUACGUUUUCGAUGCUCUGAUAUAUUUCAUGAGGUCCGGUAAUUCCGAAAAUAUUGAUACGGAGCCUCGUGCCAGAGAGCGUAUACCGUUGCCGCCGUGGCAAGAUCAGGACGAGAACGAAAACGAGGAGGCCGAAGAGGAUAUUGCAGUGGCAAUGGAGACCGAUUCUCUUGACGAUCAAGAAGUUUCCAAUUUAGCCAACAUGACGAGCACAUUGAAUUCGAGUAUGGCGCAAGGCAGCGGCAAAGGUAGAAAACAUUCCUUCUUCCAGCGUUCGGAAUCUACGUUGUGCUUAGGCUGUCCGCCGCCCGAUCCCUUUGAAACGCCAAUGUCGGAGACCCUUCCUCUGGCCGAUCAACCGCAUUUGUUACAGCCAAAUGCUAGGCGUGAAGAUUUGUUUGGUAUUCCUAAACAACCCGUAACUCUUACAUCGACAGGUAACAAUUCGAACAACCCACUGGAAUCCUUGCCGACGAAGCUCAGUCUUUCGACAAGAACAUCUGACUUUGCGAUGAGCCAGCCGGCGAAAGCCAACCAUCCAAUCUCCAGCUCUCUAAACGUAAUGGGCCCCAAUCCGUUGGUUUACCCGCAAAACUAUUACCCUGACGGUGACGCUGACAUGAAGCGGCAAAUAUCUAAAGAAGUGCACGUACAAACAGACAACGGAGGUUCUAGUGAUACUACCACCAAUACCACAACCCCCAACUCAUCUAUACCUAACAAAAGUUUGGCCAACAUGCAACCUUUUGAAACUCUCUUGUAUGCAGUGAAAAAUGAAACUGCAGAGCUUGAAGAGCGGCCUCAAGAUUUGUCCAGAAACCUGGUUGAUCCCUUAAAGAUCACGGACAAUUAUGGAUCGUUCACUACAUCGGAAGGAAAUACGGAUGAACUACCUACAUCAAGACCCCAGAUCAUUGUGUCACCUAGGAAGGCCACAGAAAGUGCCGGGCAUGACCAAUUCUCAUCGACUUCUUCAACUUUGUCGUUACAAUCCAACGAAUCUUCAGAAAUAUGUAGUCAAAGUGCCUCGUCUUUGACUGCCUCCAGUGUAUCCUCAAGAAGUCCUGGCAAAAGUGUCAUAGUCAGAGCUGGCUCUUCAUUGAGUUGCCCUUCAAAUCAAAAACAAUCCGAAGAAGUUCCGAUGUCACUCGACAACCAACAAACUGAAACCCUAGAAAAUCAAGAAAUAUCUGCAAACGUCACCGUAGUGACUACCUCAACAUACAAUAAUGAUGUAUCCAAACCAUCAAUAGGUCAGUCAGUGUCGCACGACCUGCUGCUUGGCAGAUGGCGACUGUCCCUCGACCUUUUUGGCCGCGUGUUUAUGGAAGAUGUGGGCCUGGAACCCGGUUCAAUUGUAUCCGAACUGGGUGGGUUUCCAGUGAAGGAGGCCAAAUUUCGACGUGACAUGGAAAAACUGAGAAACAACCAGCCCCGCGACCUCACCUUGUCGAAAAUUGAACGCGACAGGACGCAGCUCUUGAUACAAACAUUCAAAGAGCUGAACACCCAAUAUAACAACUACAACAGAAGGAACUCCUCGUCUUCACCACCACUAGCCGUCAACAGAGUCAAGGUGACCUUCAAGGACGAACCGGGCGAAGGUACCGGAGUGGCCCGCAGUUUUUACACUGCCAUAGCCGAAGCGAUUCUGUCGAACGAGAAACUCCCGAACAUGGAUCCGGCCCAAGUCGACCCCAAAUACUCGUCACAGUACACGGUGCUCCAGCGUCUCCGCAGAGAUAGAGAUACGGUGAGACGGGCGGUGCCUUUGCGUAGCUCGACACGAUCGCGGGAUCACCACCACCGCAGAACGAUGAGUGUGGACGCGCGGCCUUUCGUUCCGGCGGAAAGCAACGCACAUUCCGAUGCGCCUUCGAUGCCAGAUCUAUCUACAGUUGGUGGCGUUCUUCCACCAAGUUUUUCAAACAACCAAAACAAUGCUAAUGCCAGUAGGAAUGAUCAUCUUACCAGUCAACAACAACAAUUAGGAGAUAGAUUAUAUCCAAGGGUGUACAAUUUACAUCCAACCUUCGCUGGCCGCAUCACUGGAAUGUUAUUGGAAUUGUCGCCGGCGCAAUUGCUCCUGCUGCUUGCAUCCGAGGGCUCCCUCAGGGUGAAAGUCGAAGAAGCGGUGGAAAUGAUCAUGGCUCACUCGCACACAUCCCAGCAGGAGAUCACAUCUGAAGCGUUGUUAGAUAUGCUUUUUUCGUUGACAGAUCGAGGUGCGUCACGAAAGAACAGCGGCAGUGGUGCAGGUGGGAACAGCAGCGGCAACGGUUCCACCCGUCCAACACCGGAGACCAACGGCACCGCCAACGCCGAGGAAAUGGUGCAGGACGAAGAGGAUAAUGCUCCUUUGUUUUACUGUCCCGGCAAAAGAGGCUUCUAUGCUCCACGUCAAGGUCGUGCCUCCUUCGAACGGUUGAACGCGUUCAGAAACGUUGGAAGGUUGUUGGGAUUAUGCCUGUUGCAAAACGAGUUAUGUCCAAUAUUCCUCACGCGUCACGUGCUUAAGUCUAUCUUGGGUAGACCAAUCAGAUUCCACGACUUGGCAUUCUUCGACCCGGUCGUUUACGAGUCUCUGAGGCAGUUGGUCGUUGAUGCCGAAACUAAAGACAGCAAUAAUUUGUUUUCAACACUAGAUCUCAAUUUUACGAUUGAUUUAAGUGCUGAGGAGGGCAGCGGAACGGUUGAAAUCAUGCCAGGUGGCAAAGACACUGAAGUUACUUCCAGCAACGUAUACGAUUACGUUAGAAAAUACGCUAAAUAUAGAAUGAUUAAGGUUCAGGAAAAGGCAAUCGAAAGUAUUCGAUUGGGUGUUUUCGAUGUUUUACCCGAAGGUUCUUUGGACGGACUUACGGCGGAAGAUCUACGCUUGUUAUUAAACGGUGUUGGUGACAUAAAUGUCACGGUACUAAUCUCAUACACAUCAUUUAAUGAUGAAUCCGGCGAAAAUAACGAAAGAUUGGUGAAAUUCAAGAGGUGGUUGUGGUCCAUCGUUGAAAAGAUGUCGCAUGUGGAACGUCAAGAUUUGGUUUACUUUUGGACGGGAUCCCCUGCUCUACCGGCAAGUGAAGACGGUUUCCAACCUAUGCCUUCAGUGACCAUCAGACCGGCAGACGACGCCCACUUACCCACGGCCAACACAUGUAUUUCUCGAUUAUAUAUUCCUUUGUAUAGUAGCAGAACUGUACUAAGACAGAAAUUGUUACUUGCCAUCAAAACAAAAAACUUUGGGUUUGUGUGAUCAUAUUUAUUUUCAGACGCGCACCCUCUUUAUAGCUAGAUAUUGAGUUUAAUAAAAUCAUGUUUCUGUACACAGUUUAUAAAUGACGAAAAAUUAAGGGUAUUGUGAUCGUAUUUAUUAUAGGCUAAAGUGAUAUGAACUGUAAAUAAUCUUUUUUUUUCAUUGGCACAAUUUCAUUUACACUUAUUUUGUUUUUUUUUAUAUACGCUCAACCGACGAUUAUUUCACUUGUGCCAACGUUUAGCUGGGUACCGUCUAUCCAUUCGUUAGAAAUAAGCGUUAUUUUAUGUUAUAAUAUAUUUUUUUUUAGUUUAGUACAAAAGUUGACUUGCAUACUAUCGUAGGUUUACAAGAUGAAACAUGAAUAUUACGUUUUUUAAUGAGACUGCCUUUGUCAGCUUUUCGUAAUGAACUUGUACUAGGAUUAUGUGAUUUACACAAUUACUUGAUUUUUUCUUGUAAGCCCACAAUAAAGUAACUUUUUUGUUCCUCACAGAUGCAGUUUACACUGAAUGAGACCUUUAAUUCCGUUAGUAUGUUUUCAAUAAAGAUUUAUGUUUCAAUUUACGGUAUUUAUUUACAAUUUAAUAAUUAAACUAGGUAUAGAACAUAACCAAAAUCUAGAAAUCAUUUAUUAUAAACGAUAUGAAUGUAAAAGUUAUAAAAUUGUCGAGGAUGAAAAUUCUACACUUGUAUAUACAGGAAAUUUGAUAAGCCUUAUUAAAACAAUAAUAAACACAUUUUAAAAAUGUCA